AUGAGGCAGUCUGUGGCUAUCUGUCUGUUUGGACUCUCAGCUCUGCUCCACGUGUCUGAGCAGGGUCCCCACCAGCGUAAUCUAUUGAGGGAGCUACUGAGGGACUAUAACCGUAUGGAGAGACCUGUAGCCAACGACUCUCUACCACUCACUGUCCGAUUCUCCUACACUCUCUUACAAGUCAUGAAUGUGGAUGAGAAAAACCAGAUCCUCACCACUAAUGCCUGGCUUCAGAUGCAAUGGUUUGACCACUACCUUCAGUGGAACCAGUCAGAGUACCCAGGAGUGAAAACCCUUCGCUUCACUACUGACCAGGUCUGGAUACCUGAUAUACUACUGUACAACAGUGCCCAUGAUAAGUUUGAUGCCACCUUUAAGAGCUAUGUGCUGGUCAACUCCAGUGGAUUCUGUGAGUACCUACCUCCAGGUAUUUUCAGCAGUGCGUGUGAAGUGGACGUGCGUUGGUUUCCCUUUGACGUCCAGCACUGUGAGCUGAAGUUUGGCUCGUGGACGUUUGACGGCUGGCUGCUGGACCUCCAGAUGCAGGAGGCUGACCUGUCAGGAUACAUGUCCAAUGGAGAGUGGGAACUGCUGGGUGUACCAGGUGAUCGUCAUGAGAUAUUUUAUGAGUGCUGUACAGAGCCCUACUCUGAUGUGACCUUUGUUGUGACCCUUCGACGAAGAACUCUGUUCUACGCUCUCAACCUCCUCGUCCCCUGUGUUCUCAUCUCCUCCUUGACACUGCUGGUGUUCCUACUGCCAGCCCAAUCGGGGGAGAAGAUCGGUCUGGGCAUAACAAUUCUUCUCUCUCAGACCUUCUUCAUGUUGCUGGUGGCUGAGAUUAUGCCAGCUACCUCAGACUGCAUUCCACUGAUAGGUCAGUAUUUUGUGAGCACCAUGGUUACCGUAGGGAUGUCAGUGGUGGCGACUGUAGUUGUACUUCAGUACCAUCACCACGACCCCAACAGUGGAGACAUGCCUCAAUGGGUUGAGUUGGUUCUACUCCAGUGGGUUCCCUGGUUUCUGAGGAUGAAGUGUCCAGAAGAGUGGGGUGAGCUCACACCCCACCACAGCCCCUCCAACCCCCAGACCAAGACCUGCUCCUCUGCCCCCACCACCACCACCACCACCCCAGCCCCCUUAACCUUCCCCCAGAGCCUCACCUCUCUGCAGGCCAGUCUAAGCCAGCUCAGCCAGCACGCUCAGCCCAAUGGACACCUGCCAUACAUGGGCUUCCAGAGUCCUCCUGAACCUGACCCUGCUGUCACCUGGAGAGGAGGAAGAGGAGGAGGAGGAGGAGAAGAAAGAAGGGGUUCUGACACCCGCAUCCUCCACCACCACCCACCCUCCUCCACAACGUUGGGUAGCCCCCCGCCACAACCCCCCACAUCUCCAGACCCUGACCCCUCAUCCUCAGGUUCCAGCUGUGUAGAGGAUGGGGCUGGGGCAAGUGGAGUGGGUACUUGCCAUGCCCAGGCCAGGGUGUUCCAGGCUGGGGAAGCAGAGGCCCAGCUCCAGGCCCUGCUGGCGGAGGUGCGGUUCCUGGCCGAGGGUCUCCGUGAGCAGGACCGCAGGGUGAGCGUGGCGGAGAAGUGGCAGUUUGCAGCAGUGGUCAUCGACCGGCUGUGUCUGGUGGGGUUCAGUGUGUUCAACAUAAUUUGUACCAUCGCAAUCCUCAUGGCCGCACCCAACUUUGCAGAGGCCGCCUCCAAGGACUUCUUCUAA